AUGGGAUCUGAGUCACAAAUUCAGGUUCGUUUUUCCGGACAAAAUGAUAUUAAGAAAUAUCUCCACUAUGCAGAGAUGGGCUUACCAGGAGCUAUUCUCCUUUUCAUCUUAAUUCAUUUGUGUUUUGAAGAAGCACAUCCAGCUUUCACAAGGUUUACAUAUUUCCUUAUCAUGGCUCUUCACGGAAUUUCAUUAUACAUCAAGCUUGAUUCAUUCACACUUAACAAUGAUCCAAUGAUCAAGAAAAUCAUUAUUCACCCAGAAACACACAUUAUCAUUUUCGCAUUCGCACUCUUCUUCCCAAGCAUUUCCUCAAUAUUUACAUGGACUGUUUUCGUUAUUAUCGAAGCUCUCCGCCUUGUUGUUGUUAUCAAACAAGAAGUUGCUCCACGUGCAGGUGGUGCUAAAGAAUCUAUUGCAAAACUCUGCGAUUCCAUCCUUAGUUUCCAGUACCUUCUUGUUUUCCGCGCUGGACUUGAGAUUUUCUUGAAUGUUUAUCUUUUCUUCUACGCACUCUUUGCUUGGAAUGGCUCUGUCUUCAUUGCAUUCCUUAUCUACUUUAUUGGAUAUACAGCUUACGCAAUUCUUGCAGAUCCAAACCACAAACAAGUUUAUCAUUUCAUUGACUCCAAGUUAGCUGGAUUGAACAACCCACAGGUUGACCAGGCUCGUGGAAUCCUCGGCCAAGUUCCAGAAUACUGCAGAAUUAUUUAUCCAAUCCCAGAAAAAUUAAUUGACCAGCUUAAGGCUCACUUCGAUUAA